UCUAUAAUUUGCUGUCAAGUUCAACUUAAUAAAAUACUUUUUAUCAAGAAAACUUAUUAUUAUUUAUCAUUCAUAUUUAUUGCGGAAUAUUUUUGCCUCACAAUUAAUUAACUUCACUUACAUUAAUGUGCACCAGUAUAAAUGUUUUGCAACGAAAAAGACCGUUUCUGUAGUAAAAUUUGAUUGAAGAUAAUUUUAAAAUGCUACCAGGAAUAGGUGUGUUUGGUACUGGUGCUGUUGCCAAGAUUUUGGUACCAUUCCUUCGAGAAAAAGGCUUCUCGGUUGAGGCAAUAUGGGGUGUAACUCUACAAGAAACGGAAGCUAUAGCGAAAGAAUUGAAAAUUCCAUUUUUUACCAAUAAAAUUGAUGACGUUCUUUUGAAAAAAAAUGUCAACCUAGUAUUCAUAGUCUGCGCUCCCAAUUUACACGCUCAGAUAUCUGUGAAAGCACUUGGUAUCGGGAAGCAUGUCGUAUGUGACAAACCGGCCGGUUUGUGUCAAGCAGAAGCACUGAAAAUGGUUCGAGCUGCACAAUAUUAUCCUACAUUAAUUUCAAUAGUAAACCAUUCACUUAGAUUCUUGCCAGCAUUCAGUCAUAUGCGAAAGUGCAUCCAAGAAGGCUAUCUAGGUAACCCUGAAGAGCUAACACUAGUUGAUGUUCGUGUGCAAAUGGGACCAUUAAUUGGGGACAGUUAUAAUUGGUUGUGUGAUGAUACAAUGGGAGGAGGUACUCUAACUUUAGUUGGAAGUCAUGUGAUAGACUUAGUGUCGUUCCUUACAGGUCAGAAGGUUGUGAAAGUGCAUGGUGUGUUGCGAACAUUUGUAGAAGAAACUCCCAAGGUAAACGGCAUAAGAAAAAUUUCAGCUCCCGACUUUUGUACAUUCCAGUUGCAAAUGGACAAAGGUUUGCUAGUUACAGCAACAUUAAAUAACCAUUUGCCAGGCCCUUGUUUCAACCAAGAAAUUUAUGUAUGCAGUAAACGGGGCUAUCUAGUUGUGAGAGGUGGUGACUUGCAUGGCAGGUUACACAAGACGGUGUCGAAAAAUUACCCAGAAGAUGAAGGAAAGAGGCCUCAUGAUAAAGAAGAUGUAAUCUAUGUUGAUGUUGAAGAUUUAAGUUGUGCAUCUAGUGUUGUUCCAAAACCAUAUGUUAAAGGUCUGUGUAAAAUGAUAAGUGCUCUUAAAGAGGCAUUUUUACCUGUAAAAGAGCAGAUGGAUUGGAUCAAAGAGCCUGUGAGGGCAGCGGCGACUUUUGAGGAUGGACAAAGAGUACAGGCUAUAAUGGAGGCUUUACGUCAGUCAAAUGAAGAUGGCUGUUGGACAACAGUCCAGUUGUUGACGGAACCCCCUGAUCCAAACCCAGCACUAUCUGCUGCAGUGAGACGUACUGCCAUAUCUUUACAAUAGUUAUAUAUUUUAUUAAUGUAAUAGAUAUGCCAUGUUUGUGUACCUUUGAUAUAUUUUAAGCAGAUUUUAAUACAAAUUAAUUAUCAAUUUACAGUAUUCCCAUUUAAUGAAAAUACUUUAUAUUAAAAUAAUGAAUUCAAAUGUAAAUUCUCUCUUCUUUUCAUUUUAGUAAUACUUAAUUAUGUUAAAAAUAAGCAAAUCUUUAUUACAGGGCAUUUCAUUAUAUAAAUUAUACACAUUAUCACUUUUAUAUUACUUUUUACAUCAUAUAAACAAAUUAUAAUUACAGUAUUAGUAGUUACUAAUUUUAUAACUAUAGAUUAAGCCUAAUGUUUUCAUCUGGUUGAAUACAAUUAUUUGUAAUUAUUAAAUUAGUUACAUUUUGUAAUAUUAAUGUGUUAAAUAUUUCUGUAAUAGUCUUGCAUUAUCUUUUACAACAAAAAUAUAUACAAAUGACUGUGUGUCCAAAUUUAUAGCUUAAUGCAGUAUUGCUGUAGUAGUUACAACUUGAACUGUAUAAUUAUAGAUUAUAUUAGCAGUUAUUCAAAUUCAAUUUAAAUAAAUGAUCCUGCUCUGAGAGACAUGAACUACAUUAUUAGAGUUGCUUUAAACUUUUUGCUAUGGAACUCUAAAAGUGAGGCAAAUAAGUUCUUUACAUAGGAAGUGACUAUGGUACUAGUAAUAUAAAAAAUACCACAGACAUUACAGAAUGAGUGCAAUAAUUUUAUACAUUCUUCAUGUAAUAUCAUUGCCACCUCUAAGAGUAGGAGUUUAUGAGGAGUAGGCUACUCAUGAUGUGAGUUAGUCUUACUUACAUCUUAAGUAUUUCUUUUCACACUUCAUUGUUCUAAUGCUUUUUCCUUGAAAUUUUAUGUGUAAUAUAAUUAAAAGCUUAUUAUUGUAAUUAAAACAAAGAAAUAAGUAACUUUGUAAUAACUACAAUGUAUUAAAAUGACCAACCAACUUACUUGCCAUGAAUAGGUACAGCUUUGCAUAAAAUACUGUGAUUUUUUGAAUCUGAUAUUGUGAUUAUUAUAGUAUAUCAUGACUACAUGUAAAGGUAUAUGUAAAAUAACAAGAGCCAGUAUAUUAAAUAAUAUUGAGUACAA